GUGACCCUCAUCGACAUAGCAGAUCUUGGGUCAUCUACUUCUCUGUAUAGUAGCUGUAAACCUGACCGCGAACAGAAAUAAUUCGUUUUUCGGUCUUUGCCUUGUCAAAUAGGAACUUGUUUGUCUUUGUGGUUCGCCGUUUCGCAAGAGCGGAUUUGUUAGUAACAGAGUCUAAUGUGCGGGAGGAGAGGAAGGGGCAGCAGUCUUCUGCUUCACUCACAAACAAAAGAGAUCCGGAUUUUAGGCUAAUCUUAUCUUGAAGCAACUGAAAGUAUUUUUUGUCAAACGAAUUGUCCUAGAUCUUUAGGCUACAAUGUUUCAAAUAACAACGUAAGAGUUUUAGAUUAAUCAAACUCCCGUAGCCUAUAAGUUAGGCUAUUUUUUUAUGUCUAAAAUUUUGAUGCGAGGAUAUUGGCUAAAUAUCGAACGGGUUGACAUUAUGACCCGUACCCGUUAUACCCAUGUGGCAUAUUUUGGUGGCUAAAUCUUUUUUUUUUUUAUUAUUAUUAUUUUUUGGUAGUGAAAAAUAAUGUGGACUCGAUUUACACUCGCGUAUCUCUUCGGUGUAUUAGCUGCGAUUAAAGUUCAGUCUGCACAAGAAGAUGAGCUGUGUCCUCGACAAGAGCCCCUUCCGGGAGUUUUGGUCUUGAAGUUAGGAAGCAAUGUUGUGCUUGGCUGCAGAGGCGAUGUCACUGUGGACGAUGUGCCAUUGGCUUCAACCAGUGUCAUGAAUAAAAAAUAUAGAAACAAGCAGAGAGAAGACAUCACUGUCAACUGGACGUCCCACAGAGUUCAUGCUAAUGCUACACAAAUAACCAGUCUGAAGGGAGAUGCUAUUGGAACAAACCCAAAGACUGAUUCUGGUAUAUAUACCAAAACUAAAGGGGGCACAACGGUCACUGUUAAACCCCCUGUAACCAUAAGAAAGGAGCAAAGCACUUCUAGACGUGUUUUGCGUGCUGUCAGUCAAACUGCUGGUCAUGAAGAAGAGGCCAUGGGGACAGAUCCUGAUCAAGACGAUUAUGAGGACUAUGAUUAUGAAGAGGAAGGGUCCAGGGUGACACGAGGAAUCAAAAAGCGAACACGCUGGACUCUCAACGGACGACAAGUACAUGUUGGGGUGGAAAGGGGAGGGAUUUUAAGACGUCCACAUCUCGGCUUGGCAGAUGUUGGGAAUUACAGCUGCUACAGAGGAGAGAGACUCGUUUCCACGUUCAAAAUCAGCGUAGGGGUGCCCCCAGAGAGACCCACUGUCUUUUGCUACAGGAAGUUUCACACCAGUAAGGUCCGCUGCGAUUGGACGUCCAAACAUCCAGUAACCCCACGGCCGCUGUGUUACCUACUUCUUGUUAGAGGAUUGUUUGGUAACAUCACUCGUGUGCCUUGUUCAUUCUCCCGGUCCCGCUGUUGGUGUGCUUUCCCCAUGGAGGAGGGUGACAGAGCUCUCCAUGUGGCAAAACUGUGUGUGUCCAACACAGCAGGCAGUGCCAUGAGCCCUGAACUCAGCUUCAAGCUACAUGAUAUCAUUAAGCCAGACCCCCCGACCAGAGUGGUGGUAAAAGCAGUUGAGGGCCAGAAGCAAACGCUUAAUGUAUCCUGGUCUUAUCCCAGUUCCUGGAAGGAUGGCUAUUAUGUCCUGCAUUUUCAGCUAAGAUACAGACCACAACUUGCAGAGCAGUACCAGUUGGUGUUGAUAGAUGAAUAUUCAAUCAGACAACAGUCCUUGGCGAUUAAUGACGCUCUGCCACACACUCCGUAUGAAGUGCAGCUUCGGGCCAAGGAUGAGUUUGACGGUGUUUGGAGUGAAUGGACUGAUCCUGUAUUUGCGGUCACUUGGUCAGCUCCUGAGACGACUACUUCGUUUGAGAGCAUUACCUUGGAACCCUUUGAGAUGUUUCCUGAAGGUUCUGGAGAAGUUCAUGGUGUAGAAUCAGUGGUAAUUGUUGGGGCUGAUGAUUUUGGACAUGCUACCGUGUGGCUGUACGUGUCUUGUGUUUUUGGGCUGUGUUUUAUUGUAGCCCUCACCAUGCUUAUGGUCUUUUUCUUCAGGAAUAGGCUGCAUUUCAUGUCUAAAAUAGGCAAACAGACUUUCCCCUUUACAUUCCUCCUACAUUCCUCUCGUCCUCUUCCUACUCCUGCUGCAUCUGAGCAACUUCCAGAAGAGGGAAAGUCACUGAUGUCUCCACCCAAGCACAGCCAGCAGCACUUCCUUCCUGCUCAGCAAGAGGUGCAGGAGGGCAUUCAUCUGCAUAACAUGGAUUAUUUCCUGUUUCAAGAGACUGAGGGUGUGCCAUGAACGAUAGACAGACAUGAGCAAAAUGGAUGAAACCUCACUGUAUAGUACAUAUGCUGCGAUUGCCUAAGGAUCACACACUGUGUUUUAUAUGGUCAAAUAACAGUGUAAUGAGUUUGUAAAAAAGAAAAUGUCUUAUUGUAGACAAAGUAAUUCAGUAUUCUUUCUUAUUAUUUUUGAAUACUAUAAAAAAUUUGUAAAUAAGUAUUUUUAAAGCAACUUCUACAAAAUGCCUGCCAUCUGUUGACCCUGACAGCCUCACAUGUGAAGCUAAAGCACUUUUUAUGUCGCUCUGAAUAAGAGUUUUUACCAUAAUCAAGAUUAUGGUGAGUAAUUUACAAUGACAGUGCAUGGGAUUUUUUUAAGCAAACAUGUGAAGCUUAAGAUUUUAAUAAAGCAUUUAGAUUAAUUCUUUAUUGAAACGUAAUGUUUGAGAUGUAAAGUUGUUAUUUUGUCAUUUUUAGGGUUUUAUUCAUAUUGUCAAAAUGUAUCCAAAACAAAGUUGUAACAUUGUAUAUAACUUUACACAGAUUUUUUUUUUUUUCACACCUAGACCAUGUUAUUUGCAUCUUGAUACUGUGUGGAUUGUAACAUUUACAGACUGGCCCCAUUCAUUUCAAAUAUAAGUGAUUCACUGUUAAACUUAUUUUUUUUAAAGAAAGUAAGAAAAUUACAUUUUUGUGGUAAUCAACUUUAUGCCACAAGCACUGUGGCAUUGAGUUUAACUUAUUAAACCUGGAAUAAUCCUUUAUUUUGUUGCGGAAAUAAAUUUCUGAUUUUCAUUGAAUUUCAGUGGACCUUACAAAGGAAUGUCAUAUGGUUUUAUCAUUUGAAGUCUGAUGUGAGAAGAAGAAACUUCUCUGAAAUGUAUGUAUAUACAUCUGUUGUGCAGGAGCGAGACACUCUAGAACCAGAUGGGCAAGGACUAAUUAAGGGGGGCUUAAAGGGUUAGUUAGUGAUAAAGCUAGUAAGGGACCUUUUAACUGUGGAAAACUACUGGGAAUCUUUGCACGGAAAGGACCUUGAAAGAUCAGUAUAAAGAUUGCCUAUUUCUGUAUCUCAGUGUCUCACUCCCUCCACAGGGAAACUGCUGUGUUGUUGACUGCAUGGGCCUAUUCUUACGAGAAUAAACUCUUCUCUUUUAUAAAUUUGA